AUCCUUUUUCCAAUUAUAUGACAGUUACGAAUUUAUAAUCCAAAACUAAUUACAAAUUAGAUAAGAAAAUUAGUUGUCUCAAAAGGCUAAUAAGCAAUUAAUCUAUAACUUCAAGAUCAUUUAUACUCCAUUACAAAAGUGUACAUUUACACGAAUUUGCAAAGUAUAAAUCUUGAUUACAGAACUCUUCUCCUCCCAAGUUCUUGAUUUUCUUGACAAGUAUCUCUGAUCUCUCUGUAUCAUUUCGUUUUUAAUUUAAAAUCAAUUAUAAGAAAAUGUGAAAAAAUAAAAUUUAUUAUUAAAUAAAAAAAAUAUUUAAUUAUUUUGGCGCGUCUUUCUCACAUAGCGAGUGAUAAAUUAAAAUUUAUCAUUCAAAAGAAGUAGAGAGACAAAUUGAAUUUUCUUCCCAAUACAAAUAGGAGACAGCGAGAGGGAGGGAGAGCUACAAAGCCCGCUUCCACAGCUGGACCCUAUUCCCUCGCUGACUCCAUUGUGUAUUGCACUCAGACAGAGAAAAGUUUCCAUGAGAGGAUAGCUCUAACAGAAGCACAAACCAACUGCCUCAACAUCCACAAUUUUGGUGUCUUCUCCUUUCUUUUUUCCUGCACGGUGCCGUUUCUUUUUCGCUCACCCAAGAACAACUCCAUCCAUCUUUUCCCUUGAAUUUUCUCUCAUUUCUUUUUUCUGGGACCUUUACCCACUUUCUUUCUCGGGGUGUUUUCCCCUUAGUGGGUUCGAUUUGGUUAUGAACAGGGUUUGUUUGUUUUAAUCUCUCACUGAGUUGAUUUUUGUCGUUGUAAACAAUGUGGAGAGGGAAAAUGCGGUGCAAAUUUUGAGAUCAUAUCAUUAACUUGAAUCUCUUAUCAAGAGAUAAUUGCAUUUACUGGAGUUUUUAUGAGGAAUUUUAUCCAAUGCAAAUAACACUAAUGAUACUCACAGUUUCUCCUACUUGUUUUUCACUUAGCCUCCUGGGGAUGUGUGUUUUGGCAUUCCAUAUGGAUUUGAUGUUUGUUUGGAGAUAUUGCUGAUUUUUUUUCUUGAUUAUUAAUGGCUGAGAAGCAUGUCUCCUCUUUUGUGGCUGUUUCUAAGAAAUAUUUGCUUUGCUUGUUCUCGUUCAUUUUGGCCUUGUUCAUAUUAUCUUGGUUCUUUUUGCUGCCCUCCACCGACCGCCCUAACUUCAUUGAUCAUAGUUUGUUAACCAAUGCAUUUCGUUCUACAACCGACAGUGGUAGUUCCCAUUCCUGGAAUCAAAAAAAUGUUGAACCCCUACUGGGAAGUAGAGGAGGAGGAGGAGAUGAAGAAACAGCCCAAGAGAAAGUUGCUGUAAAAGAGGUGAAAUGCAAUGUUCAUAACGAGAAUAAUACAGAACCCCUUAAAGUUUUCAUGUAUGAUUUGCCAUCACAGUUUCAUUUUGAGCUCUUAGACUGGAUUCCACAAGCAGGUAGUGUUUGGCCUGAUCUAAGAACUAAAAUACCUGCAUAUCCUGGUGGGUUGAACUUGCAACAUAGUAUAGAAUAUUGGCUUACAUUGGAUCUUCUUGCUUCAGAAACUCCUGGUUUUCCUAGAGCUGGUAGUGCUAUAAGAAUCCGAAAUUCCAGUGAAGCUGAUGUCAUUUUUGUACCAUUCUUUUCUUCGUUAAGUUAUAAUAGAUAUUCUAAGGUAAAUCCACAUCAAAAGAAAAGCAAGAACAAAUUGUUGCAACAGAAGCUGGUAAAGUUUGUGAUAUCACAAAGGGAAUGGAAGAGGUCAGGGGGACGAAACCAUGUAAUCUUGGCUCACCAUCCAAAUAGCCUGUUACAAGCAAGGAUGAAGCUUUGGCCAGCAAUGUUUAUACUUGCAGACUUUGGAAGGUAUCCCCCCAAUAUAGCAAACGUUGAAAAAGAUGUAAUUGCGCCUUACAAACAUGUAAUCAGAAGCUAUGUCAACGACUUGUCUAACUUUGACAACCGCCCAAUAUUACUGUACUUUCAAGGAGCCAUAUACAGGAAAGCUGGCGGCCAUGUUCGGCAAGAAUUGUUUUACCUUCUAAAAGAUGAAAAAGAUGUACAUUUUCAAUUUGGGAGCGUUAAAAACAAUGGAAUCAACAAAGCUUCCAAGGGAAUGCACUCCUCAAAAUUUUGCCUCAAUAUUGCAGGUGACACUCCCUCAUCAAACCGUCUCUUUGAUGCCAUUGCCAGCCAUUGUGUUCCUGUAAUAAUCAGUGAUGACAUUGAGCUCCCUUAUGAGGACGUUCUUGACUACUCCCAAUUCUGCAUAUUUGUUCGUGCAUCAGACGCCAUCAAAGGAAAGUUCCUCAUGAAUUUGAUAAGGGGUAUUGGGAAGGAUGAAUGGACCCGAAUGUGGCAGAAAUUAAAAGAGGUAGAACAUUUCUUUGAGUUCCAAUACCCAUCAAAGGAAGAUGAUGCUGUUCAAAUGAUAUGGCAGGCUGUGGCCAGAAAGGUCCCUGCCAUGAGAAUGAAGAUACACAAGUCCAUGAGAUUCUCACGGUCUCUUACCCGUAAACAUAGAGAAUUGAGAGAAGUACCAACACCCAGCAAUUUUUGGUGAGAGGGGGGAAUUAACCUCUAUCUUGGCAAUGAUCUCAGAGCUUCCCAUGAGACACUAAUACAAGGAUUUGCUGGUUAGAAAGGUCAGAGUUUCAAUACAUUCUCUUAGGUGAGAAUUGCAAUAUGUACUCCCUGCAGAUUUCGGAUAUUCUUGUGAAAUGAGAAACGAAAUUUUAUUUUAAGCAGAGAUAGAGCAUUUAACUUCUUAUUUUCUGACAAAUCAUAUACAAUUAUCAUAAAUUUAUUUAACAGCCUUUUAGUUUGUUUUCUGAAUGAAUUUGCUAGGAAUAUAUUUAAUAUAAUCUUGAAUUUAACAUAGGACGAGUUUUGUAAUUAUAUAUAUUUGUAUUAGGAUUCAUUUGAAAUUAAUCAAUUAUAUGUAGUGAAUGCAUGAAUUUAUACAUAAACAUUUGAUGGAUUUAUAAUAGCUGCUCCCAUUUAUUCCACCACGAAUUAUGAACCAGUCUGCUAGAGUUGGGAAAUGAAAAUUUUAUUCAAGUCAUAGCCAGCGAAGGAAUUCUUAUCAACUUAUUUUAUGUAGAAAUGAAAUUUAAUUUUGAAUCCCAAAAACUAAAUUAGAAUAGGCAAGAUCUGUGGGCUGGGCCCAUCAGUUCAAAUGUUGGCAAGGUUCAACUUGAAGGGCUAAGGAGACUAGCUUUGGAGGAAGGUAUGCUGGUACUUAUAAUAAAAAUCUUUCAUUUUUGUUCUCUUUCUCUCUAACUGCUGACCAAAGAUGCAGGGGGUGCUUAUCAUGUCAUUCUCAUGCUACAACAUAUCAUGUGCAGGGCAGAUUUGGAUUAAACAGUCAAUGUCAGAAUGAAGCUGCUGUAGCUUGUGAAGAUUUCAUGCCCCUACUUUGCUUCAGAAUCCAAACUCCGGUGUUAAAUUCUUAACGAACUCACUCACUCCCUUCCAUGGCAUGUACGUUUUUCUGAUGCCAUACUCGAAGAAUAAGGAAGAUGAAAAUUUUCAGGUAUCAACUUCUUGUCUGAACACAAGCUCAUGAUUCUUGGAGAUUAAAUUAUUAACAUUUGUUAGAAUAGAAUUGUCUUAUUCCCCAUCCCCCAUAUGGCCACGUCAAUGGCUGUUUUCAAAUGAAAAGUCAAUGUUGAUUGUGAUGGACUGAUGGGACUCCUCAGGCAAAAUGUGUCAUUGAUUUGAGAUGAGCCUUUAAUUAUGAAGGUUUUUUUAGGUGUGAAUCCUCACUUAGUCCUUUUCUCUCUCAUAAUUAUCAUUGUGCAGUGUACUUGUCUUAUCAUGGACUGUCUACUGCUCAAGUGUGAGAACUGGAUUUUAGGAUAAUUUUAUCUAAUAAUUUUGAUUUAUCGGAUAAAUUAUUUCAUCAUUUUCUCUAUUCAUACUUUUUUAUGUUUGAUUUUUUGAAUUUUAUGAUGAAGGUAAAUCUUAGAUGAAUAAAAUUUUAUUUAGAAAUUUUGGGAUAGAGCUAGUGAGGU